UUAUUAUAAUUUUUUUAACAUUUUAAAAAAUAUUAUUAUUCACCAUACGGAUAACAUAUAAUGAUCCGAGCUCACGCCACUAAAGAUGAACUACACGUCCCACAAUGCUUUGCGCGGAGCGUCAUCAGACAGUGCGUAUGCGCUCGUGUGUCGCUUCUCACUGUAUUGGAAAAAAGCCCCGUGUGGAUCACAGCGAUGUCAGUCCAGGCUGUGGCAGCGAAAAUGGCUGAGGUCGAAUUAAAAGACGUGGCCGUUAAAGACUCUCGCCCCGCUAUUUCUCCGCUGACACCCAAGGCAGAGGAGAAAAAGAGUGAAAAUAACUCUUCUUCUUCAUCAUCAUCAUCAUCCUCCUCGGCGGCCGCAGCGGGGGAGCCGAGCCCGGUGGCCGCCGCACCGAACCCCGUGAAAAUGCCACAGGCGUCCGCAAUGAAGCGGUCGGACCCGCAGCAGAACGGCGGCGAGGCGUUCAUCAACUGCGACGGCACAGUGGCCGAGGCCCCGCGGAUGAAAAAGAUCCAGUUUGCAGACCAGAAGCAGGAGUUCAACAAACGUCCCACCAAGAUCGGCCGCAGAUCUCUGUCUCGCUCUAUCUCACAGUCGUCUACAGACAGCUACAGCUCAGCUGCCUCGUAUACUGACAGCUCUGAUGAUGAGACCUCUCCCCGCGACAAGCAGCAGAAGAACUCCAAGGGCAACGGAGAUUUCUGCAUCAAGAACAUCAAACAGGCCGAUUUCGGACGCAGAGAGAUCGAGAUCGCAGAGCAAGAGAUGCCUGCUCUCAUGGCAUUGAGGAAGAGAGCUCAGGGAGAGAAGCCAUUGGCUGGAGCCAAAAUUGUGGGCUGCACCCACAUCACUGCACAGACCGCUGUGUUGAUGGAAACCCUCUCUGCUCUGGGCGCUCAGUGUAGGUGGGCUGCCUGUAACAUCUACUCCACCCAAAACGAGGUAGCAGCUGCCCUGGCUGAGGGAGGUUUCUCAGUAUUCGCCUGGAAGGGGGAGUCAGAGGAUGAUUUCUGGUGGUGUAUUGAUCGAUGUGUUAAUGUGGAGGGCUGGCAACCCAACAUGAUUUUAGAUGAUGGAGGAGAUUUGACCCAUUGGAUUUAUAAAAAAUAUCCCAACAUGUUCAAGAAGAUCAAAGGCAUCGUAGAGGAGAGUGUGACUGGAGUUCACAGGCUAUACCAGCUGUCCAAGGCAGGCAAGUUGUGUGUGCCCGCAAUGAACGUUAAUGACUCCGUGACCAAGCAGAAAUUUGAUAACCUGUACUGUUGCCGGGAGUCCAUCUUGGAUGGUCUAAAGAGAACCACAGACGUGAUGUUCGGUGGAAAGCAGGUGGUGGUGUGUGGAUAUGGAGAGGUUGGGAAAGGCUGCUCUGCUGCUCUCAAAGCGAUGGGCUCCAUCGUCUACGUCACUGAGAUUGACCCUAUCUGUGCCCUACAGGCCUGCAUGGACGGCUUCAGGCUAGUUAAACUCAACGAAGUCAUCAGACAGGCUGACAUCGUCAUCACCUGCACAGGCAAUAAGAACGUGGUGGUAAGAGAGUACAUGGACCGCAUGAAAAACGGCUGUAUCGUCUGCAACAUGGGCCACUCCAACACUGAGAUUGACGUGGCCAGUCUCCGGACCCCUGAACUGACGUGGGAGCGAGUGAGGUCGCAAGUGGACCAUGUAAUCUGGCCAGAUGGAAAGAGAAUAGUGCUGCUGGCAGAGGGUCGCCUUCUCAAUCUGAGCUGCUCCACUGUUCCUACCUUUGUGCUGUCCAUCACUGCUACUACCCAGGCUCUGGCUCUGAUAGAGCUGUACAAUGCUCCUGAAGGCCGCUACAAGCAGGACGUGUACCUGCUGCCCAAGAAAAUGGAUGAAUAUGUGGCUAGCCUUCAUCUCCAUACAUUUGAUGCACACUUGACUGAACUGACUGAUGAACAGGCCAAAUACCUCGGCCUGAACAAGAACGGACCCUUUAAGCCAAACUACUACAGGUACUAAACCCAUUCACGGAUGGGAAACGAAGACUAAAGAAAUUACCAAGACUCCAUAAUCCAUACAGACUAAGGCGAGUUAGACCUGUGUUAGAGUCUGCCUUUGGAGGGGAAGUAGAAGCUCUGAGCUGAUUGGUUGGGGGUGAAGGCAUGGCUAAUUAGUGCUACGGCAGUAUUUAUUUAUUUUACGCUAGAAUAACAUGGCUAACAUUUAACGAGCUGCUACUGCCAGUGGUGCAACUUAGCGACGUUUCCAUGGAGAUUUCAAUGUUUCAUCUUUUCUUAGCUUCAUGUGUCAGUUGUACGCAAUUCAUUUAGAGAUCUUUUAUUGUUUAACCUUUAUUAAGAUGUGGCAGAAAAAAACAAAAAAAAUAACUAAACUAAAAAUGCGUGAUUAUACCUGAUGAUUCAGUCAUGGACAUGCCACAGGUCCUGUUUUUAUUUUCUACAUGUGAUUUGUUUUUUUUGUUUUUUUUCCUUUAUACGAAAUGGUGGGUGGGACAGAAUAACAGUUGGGCGCAGGGGUUCAAAUUGUUGUUUUCUUUUAGUUGAGCACACUAUUCAAAAUUCUUUUCCUGAUUGUUUUUUAAAACUUGUAUUAAUUUUUACAAACAAAUUUUAACAUUUUGCAUUCUAAAUGCUCUUGGUUCUAAAUAAAAGCAGACAUUUAACUGGAUUGUGAACGAUUCGGGGGCGGGGCUUAUCUCCUCCGUUCACUCAGACUGGAAACUAAUCGCCUCAUUGGCUCAGGCAUCAGCAACAAAACUCUUCCUCCCAAAUGCAACUUGCUCUUUCAACACUGUUUUCAACUGCUAAAAUGAUGCCAGUAUUCUUGUUAGAAAUUGAAGCUCUCAAUCUAUCCACAUUAUUGCUGAAACAAUGCUGUGUAAUCACAGGGGUGUAUAUUAAGAUAUUUAUACAAAUGUUUUUUUUUUUUUUAAUCUUCUGCCAUUAAUUUUUGUUCUUAUGAACUCCAAUCUUUUGUCAUUAUAAAAUAAGCAAUGAAAUGUUAUGAUUCUCUAGUGUAAUAUUACAUUUCUUGAAACCCUUGUUUUAUAUACUGUGAAGUAGAGCUUAUAUCAAUGAGAUACCAAAUGUACAAUUAAUCCGGUACCAAGUUUUUUCCAGGUCCUCCGCAGAUUGAGUCUGGAACACAAUGGGAAAAAUAUGUGCAUGUUAACUAAUGCCAAGACCAACUGUGUACUCAUUUUAGAGAUUAGAAGGAAAGAUCUUGAAGGAAGUGCUGUGGUUUUGCUUUAUGCAGGCCUGUGGAGCAAAAGCUGCCUUUGUUACUGGGAUAUUCAAAUAUAAUAAAAUUGGGACCUUUGUUUUACUAUAUUUCUAAACGCCUCUAUGGCAGAUAUUUAUCCCCUCUUUGUCGUCUGUGCUUGUCAUAAAGGGAAUCAAAAUGACUCUCCAUUUGUUUUUUAAUGUGGUGUCACUUUCCUUUGCUCAGGAAUUUCUCUGUCGUGUUGGUAAAAUGUGAAUUAGCCCAAGGAAUGCCUGCAAAGCAAAGUUCUUUUGAGUUAUGAUAGCACUCAUGGUCCCUUUGUAGCAUAACACAUUACAGUACAGUUACCGACACCCUUUCAAACUAUGGGCUACUUAUUUUAACUUGAAGGUAAAUUUCACCCAUAAAUGAAAAUUCUCUCAUUAUUUUCUCACCCUCAUGCGGUCCCAGGUGUGUAUGAUUUUCUACUGCAGAAGACAAAGAUUUUUAGAAGAAUAUCUCAGCUCUGUUGGUCCAUACAUUGCCAGUGAAUGGUGACCAGACCUUUCAAGCUCCAUAAAUCACAUAAAGACAGCAUAAAGUUAAUCCAUAUUAUUCCAGUUGUUAAAUCUAUAUCUUCAGAAGCGAUAUAAUAGGUGUGGGUGAGAAACAGAUGAAUACUUAAGUACUUUUUUAUGAUCAAUCCCCACUUUCACUUUCACAUUUUCAAAUUCUGAAAGUUAAAGUGGAGAUUUAAAAUAAAAAAGGACUACAAUAUUUAUCUGUUUCUCACCCAAAGUGAUUGCAUCGCUUCAGAAGACAUAAACCACUGAAGUCGUAUAGAUUACUUUUAUGCUGCCUUAAUGUGAGUUUUGGAGUUUGACAGGUCUGGUUACCAUUCACUUGCAUCGUAUGGACCAACACGUCUACACGUCUGAGAUGGCAUGAAAGUGAGUAAAUGAUAUAAUUUUCAUUUUUGGGUGAACUAUCCCUUUAACAAAACCCUAAAGGCAUAUAUCAGUGUUGCAUUUUUUCACGAGACUACCUGGUCUGCUCAAGAUGUCCUAAACUUAGUCUACAGCAUUUUAAACUUUCUCUGCAAACACAAAGCGUGUUAAAUUAUUGUUCUUAUUACGUUGUUAGGUUUGUGUCCAGAGUCUACAUUAGUGUUAAUGUAAAUAUAUUGACACCCAAUAUCCCCACAAUAUCCCUCAUCUUUUUUUCAAUCAUUGUCUUUAUCUGCUAACUUUUAACACACAGUCCCUGUUCUGAAGCACACUAGUUAGUGUACAUCUGGUUUAAAUGUUAAACCCAUUGUCUUAAUUUUUGUUUAAACUGGUGCGCAAGGAUAAAUGUGUGCAUGUUAGUGUGUUUAAAGAGGCUCAUGUGUGCAAAAACGGAUGCCUUUGGAGGCCUGGGUUUCGUUGCUGUAUCGCAGUUAACAAUGUGGCGACAUGGAGCAUAUGGAAUCAACACCAGCACCUCUUGUUGAGAAUGAGCAUUGACAUUAAGGAACUACAAUGUCUGUAUUUAUUGUUGUAAAUCUUCACUAUGAAUAAGAAAGUCUCUAAUGAUGAGUUGUCAAAACUGUUUAAAUAUUGCAAGUGAUGGUAGAUGAGCAAUAAUCUGUAAUCUUGAAGAAAAAACAAUAAAAAUUACAAGUGUAAAAAUG